AUGGACCUUAAGGAUAUUCAUGACUCUCUGGUAUCAUUAGCCUACAAGGCUGGUGAUAUUAUCAACAAUGCUCUACCAGAAACAAAUGACACAGGCUCUAAAAAGAACAGCGCCGACCUAGUUACCGAGUAUGAUCGUGCAGUGGAAAAAAUGAUCUCAACUUCAUUGAAGGAGAAAUACCCUGAAUAUGUUUUCCACGGAGAAGAAACCUAUGACCCCAACCGCCCACUAACCGAUGCUCCAACCUUCAUCGUAGAUCCCAUUGACGGCACUGUGAACUUCGUACACAGCUUCCCACACGCUUGUGUCUCCCUCGGCUUCGCGGUGAACCGAGUACCCACCGUCGGGGUAGUCUAUAACCCUUUCACAAAAACCCUAUACUCCGCAAUUCGAGACCAAGGAGCUUUCUUGAAUCUGGAAACUCGUCUUCCACUCAAAGGGGGAAAUGCUGAACCCCUGACCGGUCUAUCCAAUGCCCUAGUCAGUAUUGAAUGGGGCUCCGAUCGUAGUGGUCCGAAUUGGGAGACGAAAAUUGCUACUUUUGUGAAAUUGGGCCAGGCGAAAGAAAAUGGCGGUGCGAUGGUGCGCUCGUUCCGGAGUCUUGGAUCUGCCGCUUUGAAUAUGUGUGCUGUUGCGGAGGGAACUAUGGAUUUGUAUUGGGAAGGUGGUUGUUGGGAAUGGGAUGUUUGUGCUGCCUGGGUUAUCUUAACUGAGGCUGGGGGUAUAGUCGCGGAUGGAAGUCCUGGUGGUUGGAAUCCCCGUGUUGAUGGUAGGAAGUAUUUGGCUGUACGCGGUGCUCCUGCAGGCCAAAAGGAGAUCGUGGAAGAGUUUUGGAGUAAUAUUCAGGGUGAACUUCAAUAUUAG